CAGGAAAAAGCAGCUAAAACAACCCAUUGUGCUUCCUCUCUGCAGUUGCCGUGUCGCGAGCGCAGGUGUCCGCGGUAACGCGCGUAGCACCUCUUGGCGCCAGUGAGAGCGCGCACGCCGCCGCCUCGACGCCCACUCUGUCAGCUUUAAAGUACAGCAGCGAGCUACCGAGCCUCACGACUUACAGUAACUUUCGGAAACUUUUUUUUUACUCCUUUAAAUUGCUUUCAGAGCUAACUUUACUUCAGGUGUACAUUUCAAGUUUAUAUGCAGCUUGUCGGGAGAAUAGAAUCAACCCCAAACGAAACAUGCAAGCCGCUUUUGAAGACUUUCGCAGACUUAUCGAAGAUUCAGAGUACUUUGUGGCAGAGAUCUUACAAGAUGAAAACUUGAGCAAGAAAGCACACGAGACCCGUGAGAUUCUUCUGCGUAAUUUCGUAGUUGUGCGGAACAGGCACCCAAAUGAGUUUCAAAUCAAAGACUCUGGCAGCCAGUACUCUGGGUCAAAACAUGAAGACAGCUCAGAUGACAAUCACAGUUUAAGUCUUGCUCCUUCACUGCCAUCUGACAAUGUUUCUGUAGCAUCUGACUAUCAAGACGAUGGAUCCCCUGAAGAUUUUGAAGAAAUUGACCUUGUGGGAGCACAGGAACUUGCAAACAUUUUAAAACAAGGAUACCUGGAGAAAAAACGAAGAGAUCAUAGCUUCUUUGGCUCUGAAUGGCAGAAACGAUGGUGUGUGUUAAACAAUAAUAUUUUCUAUUACUAUGGCAGUGAUAAAGACAAACAGCAAAAAGGUGCAUUUUAUAUAAAUGGAUAUCAAGUAGAACUGGUGGGGACCCUGCGGAAAGAUGCUAAAAAGAAUGCUUGUUUUGAGCUUAAAGCACCGGGACAGCGAACUUAUCAGUUUACUGCAAACACUGCCAAAGAGGCAAAGGAAUGGGUUGAUCAAAUAAACUUUGUUCUGAAAGACAUAAGCUCCACCCAAAUACCAUAUGAUGAUGGGGAGGAAGAUAUGGAAGAAAGCCAGAUUUCACAGGGAAAUGAAGAUCAAGAAGAAGAGACAUAUGAUGAUAUUGAUGCUGCAAUCUCCCCAAACCCAGUACACAAUUCUUUCACGUCUCAGAGUGUUGACGGGCCAUUUGAGGAUGAAGAAGACAAUGACAUUUAUGAGGAACUUCCAGAUGAGGAAUUCCCACUAGCAAACAGUGGAGAAGGGUGUGGAAACAAAUUGCCAUCAGGAGACAGCUCUGUGGACUAUGCAAAUUACUACCAAGGCAUGUGGGACUGCACAGGAGACCAGUCAGAUGAGUUAUCAUUCAAGAGAGGGGAUCUCAUUUAUAUUCUGAGUAAGGAGUACAAUAUUUAUGGAUGGUGGGUAGGUGAACUGAAUGGCAACAUUGGCAUUGUACCCAAAGAUUUCUUGACCACCGCAUACAUCCUUUGAGUUUGAGGAAGAAUUGGUAUGAGAAGAAGGACCAUGAAGUUGAAAAGCAGAAGAAACGGAUGACGGCCAUUUCUAUUAUACUCUGUGUUCUGGAUGUGUUGCCCAACUGCUACUGUAUGCUGUGAAUCUGCCUGAUCUACAGAUCUGGUCUGCCAGGAUAGAUUAAUAAACGUGACAGCACAGGUUUGAUUCUAGCAAA